AUGUCUGAUCCGAAUGGUGCUGGGGAUGGAGCAGGAGAUGCUGCUUCGGUUUUCGAUGCCAAAUUGGAAGAGGAACAGUGCCGUGCUGGCAGCAUCGUUCUAUUCAGAAGGGCUCGCACGCAGGUAAAAUUUUCGUCGAGCAGUGAUGAAUCUGAAGCAGCAGAGGUGUUUCCACGAGAUACAUGUAAGAAACUGCGCGCGCAGGUGCGCGCCCUCAGCACCGAGAACUGCCAACUACGUCGCAGCGUCGAACAGCUGCGUCAGCACGCCAGCGCGCCGGCCACCGCUGCUCCCACCAGGGGCAGCAAGAGGGCGGAGCCGCCGCGGCUGGCGUCUGAGGUGGCGGCCGCGCAGGUCAGCGAGCUGAGCCGCCGGCUGCGCGACAUGUGCGCAGAGCUCGAGGCCACGAGGAACCGCCAGCGCGCCGCCGAGGACAAGGUGUCGUCGCUGACAGCGGAGGUGGAGCGCCUGCGGUGCGCGCCGCCCCCUCCGACGCCGGUGGCGGCAGCGGAGGGCGAGGGCGCGGCCAGUCCGGAGGAGCAGGUGCGCCAGCUGGCGGAGCGGCUGUCCGCCACCAACGCCAAGCUGUGCGACAGCCGCAGCCAGUGCGCGCAGCUGCGCAGGGACCUGCAGCUGGCGCAGCGCGCGCUCGCCAACGAGGUGGGGGAGGCGGUGGCAGUGUCUCAGCUGGGGUCGUUCCGCGGGCGCGCGCAGCAGAUCUUACAGCUGCAGCGGCGCGUGGCGGAGCUCCAGGACAGGCUGUCUCAGCAGCAGCCGGGGCAGGCCGCCUCCAGCAGCGGAGACCACGGCGUCAGCCCAGCGCAGAGCCAGCUGCUGCAGCAGAUGGAAAAGGAACGGCGGGCGGCGCACGAGCAGACGGUGGCGUCGCUGCGCGAGACGCAGCUCCAGCUGGAGGACUCCAGGAGGCGGCUGGAGGGGCAGCGCGCCCGCACCAAGGUGCUGGAGGCGGAGCUGCGCGACCUCAAGCAGAAGAUGACAGUACUGCUGGAGAAAGGCGAGCACGACAACCAGCUGGUGGCGGCGCUGACAGCGCAGCUGCGGUCAGCAGAGGAGGCAGCAGAGGACAAGCGGGCGCUGCUGUCGGUGGAGGCUGAGCGCAUGCGAGAGCGCGGCAGGCAGUUGGAGGACGACCUGGCGGCGCUCAGGGCGCAGCUGGCCACUCAGACGGCGCAGCUGGCGCAGAAGGACAGGCUGGUCGAACAGCUGCAGCUGCGCCUGGACCAGCUGGAGCAGCCCAAAAUGGCAUCAUCGAAGUCAUUAACAGAUGACGAGUUGGAAAGAAUAGUGAAUUAUCCUGCGUUUUUGAAAUAUGAUGAAGAUAGCACAGCAGAUAAGGAUGUAUUUGUGCUGAGUGAUCAUGAUUCCACCUCUGAAGUUACAUCAGAAAGUAGUUGUGAAGAAUCAGAUGAAGAGGCGUGCAUUAUGCCUUCCGCUGACAAAUAUUUUUUUGGAAAAAAGGAGUGCUACAAGUUGUCAAAAGAAGCUCCUCCUACAACUCUGAAACUUGAGUCUAUGGUGGCGUUAACUGAGACGCGUGUGCGCGUGCGCGGCGGCAGGGUGGAGGGCAGCGUGUGCGGCAGCCCGCGCAGCGCGCCCUCGGAGUGCGGCUCGGGCAGCUACGCGCCGGCGCUGCAGGCGGCCGAGGCGGAGCGCCGCCGCUUGCUGGAGCUGGUGGCCGUGCUGCACACGCGCAUGGACGAGCGCGAGCAGGCCGCCGCGCAGGCCGACGCCCGCUGGCGCCAGGAGCGCGCGCGCGCCGCCCAACUACAGACCAAGCUGGAGCUGCUGCAGGAGGAGGUGGCCCUGCUGCGCACCAGGGUGGACGUGCUGCGCAGGGAGAAGGAGGACGACCGCGCCAAGUACCUGUCGCUGCUGCAGCGCUCCUGGGACCAGGUGCCUUUCUUCUUGUCACCUUCAGCCUGA